AUGAUGCUUCGCGGGGGAUUAAGGUACUUUUGCGAGGUGAAGGGCGAGGUGCGGCGCGGCGUUGGCUCUCGAUUAAAAGUCGGUUUACUUGUGGCGCGGUCUCUGUCCUCUUUGGCCCCUAUCAGCAGCAACGACCGCGUGUACUCUUUCAAGUCUUUACCUCAAGCCUCCGCUGGAGCUGCCGUCAGUGUUUCGUUGCGCCGUGUACUCGUCUUACCACAGACAUCUGCAUUUGGUGUGAGGCGCAGUGCUAACUACCGCCUCUGGUCCAGUGGCAGGAUGUCUCAAGACUCGAAAGAGACGGCACCACUCAUGGGAGAGGCGAAGUCGUCAUCAUCCCUAGCCCAGAGCGAUGAGAAACCCGAAAAGGAACUGGGGCAGCCCACAGAGGAAUUUCAACGGACGUGGCGCCAGCGAGCCAAAACUUUUGUCAUCGAGUAUGGCCGAGUGGGUAUCUGCACACACAUUGUACUGUCGGUUCUGUCGUUCUCUGUCAUCUAUGUGGGCGUCUCGGGCGGUGUGGAUGUGUCUGCGAUUAUGGACUCCGUGGGUUUAUCCACGUUAGCAAGCGACUCAACAUCCAACUCGGCCGGAUCUCUCCUCAUCGCCUACACGCUUUACAAGGUGUUGGCCCCCGUCCGUUGGCCGCUUACAUUUGCUGUCACUCCAGUAGUUUUACGGGCACUGAGACGCAGAGGGUAUAUGCCAGCAGCGACCAACUCGUCGCCGCCUCCAACCGUGUGACUUGAUUGAAUGCCUACAAUAGCAGUUCAAAUUUCAGCGACGGCUGCAUCCUGAAAC